AUGCAGCUGGAGACACACGAACAAGAAGAAGCAGCAGCAGGUAGCUGCACUGGAGAAGAUGACCAGCGCUGGUGGGUGGGCGUGCAGCAGGUGCUGGCUGCAGGUGUUGGCUGCUGCAGGCGUUGGGAGCUAGUGAUGAAAAAACCGAGAGUCCAAAAAAUGGCAGCAAGCAAGAAAAUGCAGAUAAAACAAAAAGGAGAUGAAGGGGCAGCAACUCUUACUGUGCGUGAGGCCUUGGAGCCCAAAAACAAAAAACAUGCUGCACUCUGGAGACACACGAACAAGAAGAAGCAGCAGCAGGUAGCUGCACUGGAGAAGAUGACCAGCGCUGGUGGGUGGGCGUGCAGUAGGUGCUGGCUGCAGUUACUUUCCACUCUGCACUCACUGAGCGGUCACUUUAGAGCAGUUUUGCAGAGAGAGGGUGACCUUAGUGGUUCAAUCCCUGUUUCUGUUAUGGCCAUCUAUGAUGCAAAACUUUGUAGUUUAUGCAAAUCCAUUGAUCCUAUGGUGGAGGCUAAUCCCUUGUUGGCUGUACAACUUAUCAUGAAAGCUGCUGCAAGAUUACCUGGGUUCAUUGUUUCAUCUGAAAUCUUUAGUGAACAGGCUAGUUUCAUGACCCAGCAGUGUUGGUUUUUACAGCAGCCCAACAUGACACGGAAAGGAGACUGCACCAGCAGACAUGGUGAAAGUUUGUGGUUCAUUGAAUGCCUCCUCUCUGGCGAGAGUUGCCAGUCUGACAAGGGCUCAAAUAAUGGCAAGAUGGAUACAGUUGGGUUUGAAAUGCCUCUGGUUGAUAGAAAUUCAGCUAUGUCAAAGGUAUUAUAUUUUUAUAAGAACUUCCUUCACAGGAUGCUUAUAAAUAAGAUGCCUAGUGGAGUUUACAAGUUGUCUAGAGAGGCAAUACUUGCAGCCGAUUUGCCCGUAGCAUUUACUACACGAACAAACUGGAGGGGCUCUUCUCCAAGGGAUCUCCUCUGUACAUUCUGCCGUCAGCACCACUUGUCAGAACCUGUCUUCUCUCCCAUCAAUAAUCCUUUGAAAUCAUUAGUGGACUCUCUGGGAUCAUGCAGGAGAUUGAAGGUUGAAGAGCCAGGUAAAGAAGGAACAGAAUAUGCAAAUGGAAAUGGUGUUGCUGCUAGUGACAGGGAACUAGUGGCGCCUGGAUCCACGUUUAAAUUUGAAGUAAAAAUUUAUUCCAAGUGCCAAAAUUUGAUUGUACACUGUUUGUCAAAAGAUUCUUAUAAGAAGCAGGCUGAUACUGUCCAGAGUACUGCUUUGAAGCUUCUCUCAUGGUUGAAUACAUUUUUUAAGGAACCAGAUAUGCCAUUAGAGAAGUUGACAUCUUCUGGAUAUGCCCUCAAUAUACGAUUUAAUCGUCAAAAUUUUUUUAAGGAGUUUGCAUUAUGUCCGUCGGUUCAUAAUGUUUGGCAGAGAACUGUCACCGAAGAAAUCAGAUCACUGGAUUCAGACUGCUUUAAUCAACCAUGCAUUGAGCAAGGAGUUGGAGUAGGCCUUUUAAACAUAGAAGGUCAAGAUUCUGGUGUCUCUCCAUCUAGCGGGUCGUUAGUAUGCAUAAAUUAUACCAUAUCUUUGGUUAGAAAAGGGGAGAAUGCAAAAGAACUACUUGAAAGUAAUGAUGAUUUUGAGUUCGAAAUAGGAACUGGAGCAGUGAUUCCCCAGCUUGAAGCUGGAGUGAUACAGUUGUCUAAGGGUCAGUGUGCUUGUUUGCAUACAGAAUUGUGUCCAGAAGAGUUUAUUUUGGCGGCAGCUGGUGAUUCAGCAAAAACCCUCUCACUGUUAUCUUCAAUGUGCUGCUUGGAGUUCUCCAUAAUUUUGUUAAAGGUAACAGAACCCUUGGAGGAUAGAAUGGAGCAAGCUUUCUUCAACCCUCCACUUUCAAAGCAACAAGUGGAGUAUGCAUUACGGCACAUUAAAGAAUCUUCUGCUACUACAUUGAUUGACUUCGGAUGUGGCUCUGGAAGUUUGUUGGGUUCUUUGUUAGAUUAUCCCACUGCACUAGAGAAAAUUGUUGGUGUUGAUAUUUCGCAGAAGAGUCUUAUCCGUGCAGCAAAGAUUCUGCAUUCAAAAUUAAGUUCAGAUUCAGAUGCGGAAUUGCCAAAUACAAGAAUCGGAUCUGCAUUUUUAUAUGAGCGAUCCAUCACAGAUGUCGAUUCUAGAUUUGAUAUUGGCACUUGCUUGGAGGUACUUGGUUUUCUAUUUAGUGCCAGAACUCUUAGAGGAUUGUUAGGUGAUGCAUUUAAUGGUUUUCUCCUUGCUCUCCCGCCCCACUUUGAUUGCACAUUUCUUGCUUUCAUUCUGAUUUAUUCUAUAGAGAGCGAAGAAGCAGAGGCGGAAGAUCAAGAAGCAGAGGCACCUCCAGCGGAUCAGGAGCGAAGAAGCAGAGGCGGAAGAUCAAGAAGCAGAGGCACCUCCGGCGAAUCAGGAGUGAAGAAGCAAAAGCGGAAGAUCAAGAAGCAGAGGCACCUUCGGUGGAUCAGGAGCGAAGAAGCAGAGGCAGAAGAUCAAGAAGCAGAGGCACCUCCGGCGGAUCAGGAUAAGCAAGUUUUCUCGCAAUGGCUUUAG